AUGGAUGGGCAGCCGGAGAGCCUCAAUGCCAGCCUGAUGGGGCAGGAGCCUGGGCUGCGUGGCAGUGCCUGGACAGCCGCCUUCCUCUGCUUCGUCAUCCUCCUGACCAUGGUGGGCAACUUCGCCCUCAUCCUUCUCAUCUUCAGCCAGCGGUUCCUGCGCAACACAUCCAACUUCUUCCUGGUGUCCCUCUUCCUCUCAGACCUGAUGGUGGGCCUGGUGGUCAUGCCCCCAGCCAUGCUGAACCAGCUCUAUGGGCGCUGGGUGCUGGACGGCGCCUUCUGCUCCGUCUGGUUCUCCUUCGACGUCAUGUGCACCAGCGCCUCCAUCCUCAACCUGUGCGUCAUCAGCCUGGACCGCUAUCUGCUGAUCAUCUCCCCGCUCAAGUACAAGCUGCGGAUGACCUCCGGCCGGGCCUUUUGGCUCAUCCUGGCCACCUGGACGCUGGCCGCCUUGGUGUCCUUCCUGCCCAUCAAAAUGGGCUGGCACAAGACGGAGUUUGACCGCCACCCGCUCAACGCCACCCUGCAGCUGGAAGAGGAGCAGUGCCGUCUGCUGGUCAGCUUGCCUUACGCCCUCAUCGCCUCCGGCCUGACCUUCUUCCUCCCCUCGGUGGCCAUCUUGUUCACCUACUGCCGGAUCCUGCUGGCUGCGCGGAAACAGGCCCUCCAGGUAGCCUCCCUCACCAACAACAAGCCCACCAGUGAACAAACUCAACAGGUUCCCCGAGAUCAGGGCCAGGCCAGUGGGGUGAGCGACAACCGGAAGUUUGCCAACAAGCACAGCCGACGGGCACUAAAGGCCAGCCUGACCCUGGGCAUCCUUCUGGGCAUGUUCUUUGUGGCUUGGCUGCCUUUCUUCGUCUGCAACAUGGCCCAGGCGGUCUGCAACUGCAUUUCGGCCGAUUUCUUCGACAUCCUGACCUGGCUGGGCUACUGCAACAGCACCGCAAACCCCAUCAUCUACCCGCUCUUCAUGCGGGACUUCAAGCGGGCCAUGGCCAAGUACCUGCCUUGCUGUCCCCGCACGUGGGAACACAGGCCCAGCCGCGUCUCCCUCUCCCUGAGGAAUUCCAACAGCGGCCCCCGGCCGGGGGUCUCCCUCCGGAACGCCCUGUCUCUGCCAGGGGAGACGGACUCGGCCGAUUCCAUCAUCCACGGCAACGACCUCAGCAGCCAGACCCUCGGCUUCCUCCCGGCCACGCGGGCCAACUCCCUUCGCCUCUCCCAGGCCGAGCAGACGCCGGAGCCCAAGCUGAACCUCAUCUAUCUGAACAGCCCCUCCGACUGA